AUGGCUACGUCGGCUUCCAGCUCCGGUUCGAAGUCGACGGGCGCAGGCUUCCUGGAGUACCAGAUCAAUCAUGUGUUUCUUCCCCCCAAGCUCCCCCAGGAAGAUGACAUGGACAUCAGGCAGGAGAAUUUGCUCGUCAGUUCCCUGCUUGAAUCAACCCGCGACUUUUCGCGCGAGUGUUCGCCAUCAGAGUCUCUACACCUCGGCCGCGUCAUUGGCAUGCUCGAGCAGUUACUCAAGAUGAAACCGGGGCUGGACAGCAGCACGAAGGAAUCUGUCAUGCAAGAGGCUAUUGAAGAGCUUAGUGAAGGCGAACACCUACUCUUCCAUGUCCGCGCCCAGAACGCCGGUCUGCUCCUGACUUGCCAGGAAGACCACGUGGUGGUCGAGGCUUUCGAGCUCUCGGCGCAGAACAAGGACGUCAUGUCCUGCCAGGGCCGUCUCGUCCGCCACUUUCCCGACAGCGCUGCCGUGGUGGACCGCAAGACGAUGCAGGACCCGAACUUGCUGGGUGAAUUUGUCAAAGUUCUCCGCGUUUUGGAGCUACAAGCCUCCCCGCUCGCUCGCCCAAAGUCCCGAAAGGCCGGUCAGGACUUUGAAGAGGAUCGUGACACCGACUCGCCCUUGCUUGUUACAGGCAUGCUCGUCGGCACCCUCGCAGGGAUCGGCCAGAGCGUUGAGCCACAGCAAAUAUGCAAGAGAAGUCGGGAGCAGACGAGCUGGCAUAGCGCUCGUUUGCCCUUCCACAGGUCGCCCACAUGGCUGCUUCUGCGGGUGGCUCUGCGAUUGGUGCUGGAUCGCGCCGAAUCCCGAGACCGCGACGUGUCGGUUUACAAAGCCCUGAUCGCUUUCCACCACGGUCGGCUGCUGGGCCAGGCUGCCACAUCCGGCUUGAACAGCGAGCUGCGGUUCUGUAUGGCCGCAAAAUUACUGAGGCGUCUUGUUAAGCUGAAGCCCCCGGAAGAUGCUCCCUGGGUUCAGCAAAUGCGACAAAUUCUCACCACGAACGACGACGACCUCCAGGCACGAUGGGAGCAGACUCAAGAUGGACUCGUCACGCACCAAAUGGGUCGUCUGAAGCUGCUCUCCUUCGAGGCCGACACCAAUCUUUCUCUUAAGGAACUUAGCCCCCACCUCUCCUGGAUCCGAUCGCGCUCCGAAGACACGCCACUGGAGGCGAACCGUUCGCUCUUCUCGAGGUGGAGUCCUGGAUUGAGUCAAACCUCACCUCCUGGCCAUGCCUACGCCGGAAACCCAGAAGCUCUCUCCGUGAUGUACCUGAGCGUCAUGGAGCUCUGGGUAGCCAUGGACACAAUCGCCGGCAAGGCUAUUCCGCUGCUCCUCGACUACGAUCCGGGCUUCACAUUGGACUUCCUCCAUCGUCUGAUCCUGCCAACACGUACUCAAGUGGCCCGACUGCAGAGGAUUGAGCACUACCUUUCCUCAAGGAGGAAAGCAGCCGCCACCAACUACCCGCCCAUGUUUUCCGGCGUUGGGGAGCCGGGGUCGUUUGCAGUUCGGUACUUCGAUUCGUCUCGUACGCACCAGGCGCUCCUUGACAGGAUCAAGACUAGGGCAGAAGAGGAUAUGCGCCGGAAGAUCCUGGAGUAUCGCGGCAAGUUGCAUAGACAUGGCGAACUGACCCGUCAAAGGGCCCAAACCGACCACGAAGAGGAGCAACGUCGGAACGGUCGGCGAUACAUGAUGGUGUGCAAACCAGCAUGCAGCGCCUGUUCCAUAGACCGCGACAUAACGCGGCUGACGAUCGAUCUCCUUGAAUGGCCCCUGCCUGACAAUCUCGGUUUGGCCAAGGCGGUUGUCUUUGAGAUCCACGUCCCACGAGCAGUCGCCAUCUGGCGCAACGUGACUGCGAAGCUCUUUCUCGACAUCCUCCCAGACCCCAACCGGCCGGAGGGCAAGAACAAGAUUUGGUACGCAUCAUCCCGCUCCGGUCUCAAACCUUUUGCCACCUCAAUGAGCCGGAUUCAGCUCGCUUCCCCGGCGAAGCCUGUCGAAGCCUCGCAUUACAAGGCGAAGCACAUCACGGCGGUUAUCGAGCAGGAUCUUUGUGCAUGUCUCGAGGCCGGCCCCUCCAGCAGCGACGGCUCGGUGGCCCGAGAGGCUCAUGCCGAUCUCCUGAGCCCCGAGUUCGUGGACCGCAUGGUGACGGCUCUGAACGACACGCUCACUCGGUUGCGGGCGAACUGGCAAAAUCAGACUGCCGUCAGCCUUCUUAUCUGUCUCGCCACCCGAAUCUUAUCUUUUACAGCUUCUGGCGCCCUCGUCGACUCGCUGUUGGGCUUUCUUUCUCGUGCCAGGAGCGUGACAAUCCAGUGGGCGAGGCAACUGCUCCAAACGAGAGCCAGUUGCAGUACUGCAGAGAGGCGGAAGGAGCUCAGCGAACGGGUGUUGAUGGCAGCAUUGUCCUGUCUCGCAACUUACAACAUCCAGCCAAGCCUGCUCGAGAAAGUCCUCGGUUCCGAGGACGGCCUUGCAGUCUUUGUGGAGGCUGCCAUUCUUGCACAUGAUCAUACGCCGGCCACCGGCCGCAUGCCCAACUCCAUUCUGAACAUACUUUCCCACAGAUGGCGCACAACCAUGCAUCGCGCGCUGGACUUCGUCAAGGGGGAAGUUGUGGCGGGGGAGAACUCCGGUUUCCAUGCGGCUAUCCAGCGCUUCUGGGCCGACUACUCGCCGUCAACCACGCAGUGGGCGGCCCAAUGGGGCAGUCGAGGCCAUAUUUUGAGAGGUAAAAUGAGACCGGCAAACAGCAAUGCGAACAUGGAUCCCACUGACAUCUCGUUCAACCUCCUCCACGGCCGCCUUCUCGUCAACGGUUAUCCUCUCUCUCGCCUGCCUGACAAGUUCGUGUCUCAUCGGACGUAUGGUCAGUUGUUUGGCUCGCAGGUCUUGGAAGUCAUGCCGUCAACGCGCAAAGGCAUGCAAUUUUCGGCUUGUCGCGAGCAGCAAGGUUGGGUGGUCCACUUCGCCAUGGUCGACUCCGAGCUGGUGAUCCAAGCUCUCCGUCGGCAGGACCCAGAUUGUCCCGAAGACUGUUCAGCUCUAUUCGAGUUCAUCCCGCCCUGGAAGUUGGGAAGCGACGUGCCCAACUCCUUCAAGAGGGGCUACUCUCACUGGUUGGACAUAUCCAAAGGCAUAAUCGAGUUCCGGCCAUUGGGUGAGCCUUGGGUGCGCUCCUCUGACAACUGGCUGUUGGAGAGGCGCGGAGGGUGCAACACCCUCACGCGGAAUGGUUGUUUUCUCAUUGACCCUCACAGCCCUACUGCAGAGGCGGUCUCCACGUUCCUGAGCCCCAUCGAGUCCAUCGACAACGUGGACAUUAUUUACCACCCGGAGAAGCACACAGCGGUCAUCGAUCUGCCGAGAUUUUCGCUCUCGUUCACGCUACUCGAAGGCGAGUCCAUGAUCAGGUCCAAGCAUUACUCUGGUAUGCGCAUCGAUGAGUGCCAGCGCAUUGGAGCGCUGGUUGGGCUCCAGAACAAGCUGGUCCUCAAGCAGGAUGGCAUCCCGGAAUGCUGCACUCCGCUGAGGAUAGUUCUCGUGCCCCGUGGGCCGCUUAAGUCGAGGAUAUUGUCCCACCAUGUCAGCGUCGAGGUUGCCUGUAACCCUGGCGAAUUGCAUGUCAAGCACGACGCCUUCACAAUCGAUCCCCUGCUCGGGCAAAUCAGGACCACCGGGUCACUCUCCAGCAGACUUUACCUUUGCCGCCUCCACGCGCUCACCUCGCACUGCCUUCCCGACCCUCUCACUGGCAGGACGGGAACCGAGGAAGCACUGAGAAUUUUGCGGUCAGCUUCGGUUCGGUCAUUCCAGCGGCUAGAUCCAGAGUCGUACAACCAACUGCGUGGGCUCGCCAGCUUGUCCCCUCAACGACUCUACUAUCCCGAGCGCAAGGAUCUCCAAGAGAUGGAACGAGUCCUCUGGGCACAUGACCUUCCCGUGCUGUCCCAGAACGACGAAUUCGAGCCAGCUGCUGAGUAUCUUCUCGAGCAUGCCCGCGAUUGCGAGAUCUUGCAUCGGAGUGAUGAAGCCAGUGCUGGGACGCUCGAUCUUCGCCCCCUCAACCGAUCUUGUUCGGUGCUGGUUAACAGGGCAAAGGUUAGGAACGCCAUGCUCAAAGUCUCCGAGUUUGGUGCGGAAGACUACACUACCUCAUUCGAUCACUCUUACCUCGGACGGCACCGAGGCCGGGAAGGACAGGAUCCCACACUCUUCACCAGAGUUAAGGCGGUGACGAGUAGUGUUGUUUCGGGCGGUCGGUACCUCCUGGACCGUCCCUCAGCUACAUUGCGCCAAGAUAUACUUGAAUUCAUUGGCAAGUCGUUUGAUGGAGAACCUGAUGUCGACAUCACCUUCUCGAUUGACCAUCUCCGACCACGAUCCACCGAGUUGGGGAGGCUGUGGUGCUCACUUCACCGAGCCCUUGCUGAAGAAACCAACAAGUACAAAGUCUCCUUCUUCCUCUCCGCCCUGGUCUACGCAGAGGAAGCAGACUGGGACAUUGUGCAGGCGCUCAUGGCCAUCGCCAAUGCCCGCGACAAAUUCGGCACGGAGAUCACGCCGCCUCGGGCGCAGCGCUUCGAGCUCGACACCAACAUCUCAUCAUUGCACAGCAUCGUUGAAGGCAUUAUUGCCCAAUACCGGCUCGGGUUUUCUUCCUGUCCCGAAGCUGGCCUGCCGCGGUUGCCAGACGAGUCAAUGAAAGCAGCGAAGCAAAGGCGCUACAAUACAUGGCAAUCGCAGUCUACCAAGAUGGCAACGGAGUUCAGCCGCGCACUGGAAUGGCAGUGGCAGCGAGAACCUCGGACCUGGAAGGUCACAAUGCCCACGGGGAGGACGUACGGCUCUUACCUGGAUGUGAAUGCCAUCAUGCGCGAGGUCGCCGAGGCUCUGAAGCUUGCUCGACGGACGGCCUUGUUUGAGACUUACUUGGACAAACUGGUCACUGAGCUUGGUCGGAUGAAGAGGCUCCCAUCCGAGACGGCUCCCCGAGACGCGCCUUCCCCCUGCAUCACGGCGCCCCUGAGCAAACAAAAACAAACUUCCGGAUUGGGAUAUGUGGAGGCCCGCUCCCUGUUUCGCAGGUCGGCUCCGCAGACACAACGUCCCGAGCCAGCCAAUUUCAGCUACCUCUGGGAGGAACUUACCCAAGUAACAGAGGACAACAAUCCGUUGGCUGACCUUCUCGAUCGACUCUCCGUCCUCUGCGGAAACGGGCCCUACCGUGCGGCCUACCUCGAAGAACUCCGCAGCAGCUCGGGCAGUACCGCGAGUCCCCGUUAUCGGCUGAAGAAAGCGCCAAACCGCCUGAAGCGUGCCUUAGAAAAAUAUCUUCGGAAAUGCAGGCUAGCAUCAGAGGAGAUACGCAGCUGCAUUGACAACGCGCUGCGCGGGCACAGCCUCACCGACACGCUUUGCCAAGCAGCCGGUCUGUACCCCCGCAUUUCGAACAUUUUCCUGCUAGAACGCCUCAGCCGCGCGUUCUGGAAGGAUCUUUCCCCGGAAUGGCGCGAGUGCUUGGUCAACUACGGCCUGUCACUGGCCUACCUACAGCAAGCCGAGCGCCUUGUCGCCGCAAGCAGGCGGGCCGACCGGCAGACCGAUCUGCUCAAGGAGCUCCUCAACACGGGCAGCCAUGGCUGCCAGGAAGGCGACCCCCUCUCCUUCCCGGAGAGCCUCCUCCUCGAGCUGGAGCAGGGCAUCCUCAUCCGGCCCGUCCAGCAGAGCAUCGCGGCCAAGAUGCGGGAGCCGCCCGGAGGCCACAACUCCGUCAUGCAGCUGAACAUGGGCGAGGGCAAGUCCUCGGUCAUUGUCCCCAUCGUGGCGGCCGCGCUGGCGGACGGGCAGCGGCUGGUGCGCGUCGUGGUGGCAAAGCCCCAGUUGAAGCAGAUGAUGCACACCCUUACCGCUGCGCUGGGCGGCCUCGUCAACCGCCAGAUCUUCUACCUGCCGAUCUCGCGAGCUGUUCGCCUAACCAGCUCGGAUGUGACAGCUGUGCAACGAAUGCUUGACCGGUGCAAGACGGAGGGCGGCGUGCUGCUGGUGCAGCCGGAGCAUCUCCUCUCCUUCAAGCUCAUGGGAUUGGAGCGCAUCUGGACGGAUGGAGGACGGGAUUCGUCGACCGCCAACCAGAUCCUCGAGACGUACCGCAAGUUCGAGGACGACUCCCGAGACAUUGUAGACGAGAGCGACGAGAUCUUCAGUGUUAAGCACGAAUUGAUCUUUACGCUGGGCUUGCAGCAGCCUGUUGACAUGAGCCCGGACCGCUGGACGCUCAUUCAGGAGCUCAUGGACAUCCUGCUCGAGGUUGCGAAGGGACUCGUAGACGAGGAUACCAAGUCAGGCAGAGCAAGAGGUCUUCUCUUUGAAGAAGACAAGGCGAGCGGCCGGUUCCCGACCGUUCGCGUCUUGGAGGAAGCGGCGGGCAGGCGUCUGGUCGGUGCCAUCGCUGGGAGGGUGUGCCGCACCGGGCUCAGAGGUUUCCCCAUCCAACACCAAUCGAAGCAGAUGCGCGAAGCGGUGCUGCAGUACAUCCUGGAACCGAACUUGACCCCCCAACAGAUUGCUGCCGUCCAAAGCGCAAGCAACGGGUGCUUCAACGAUGCCCACAUGAAGAACGCGAUUCUUCUCCUGCGCGGCCUGCUGGCAAGCGGAGUAAUUCUGUUCGCCCUUGGCCAGAAGCGGUUCCGCGUCAACUACGGCCUCGCCCCAGACCGGGUGCCUCCCACCAUGCUCGCGGUUCCCUACCGCGCGAAGGACUCGCCUGCCCCGCGAUCAGAAUUCAGCCACCCGGACAUCGUGAUCGUCCUGACCUGCCUGAGCUACUAUUACCAGGGCUUGUCGGAUAGUGAAUUGCGUACUUGUCUGGAGAAGUUGGACAAGUCCGAUCAAGCCGAGGAGGAGUACAGUCGGUGGGCGGCGGCAUCUCCCCUGCUCCCGGCCUCGUUGAGGCACUUCUCCGGCGUCAAUCUGGAGGAUAGCACGCUUUGCCGCCGGAGUGUCUUCCCCGCCCUGCGAUUUGCAAAGCCCGCAAUCGACUAUUAUCUCUCUAACGUGGUCUUCCCGAUGGAGAUGCGCGAAUUCCCGUGGAAGCUCUCUGCAUCUGGGUGGGAUCUAGGCAAGCGCACUCGCCAUCCGCUGACCGGCUUCAGCGGGACCACGGACUCCAAGUACGUGCUCCCGUUGUCAGUAAAGGCCCUUGACCUUCCCGAGCAGCGCCACACAAACUCAGCGGUCCUUGCAUGCCUCCUGCGGCCGGAGAACACAGUCUUGGAGCUGGGGGGCAACCAGCCCCAUCUCUCUGCUCUGACGGUAGACAUGCUGCUCACGGCGGUUACCACCUCGCCACAGCCGAUGCGCGUGAUUCUGGAUGUCGGGGCGCAGAUCAUAGAGCUGAGCAACCUGCAGGUGGCGGAGCGCUGGCUGGGGAUGGUGCCCGUCCACGAAGCGGAUGCGGUCAUCUACUUUAAUGCGCAGGAUGAGCUCUCGGCUAACCGCUUCUUUUCGACAGGGUGUAUGCGAAUGAGGAAGCUCGGAAAUGGUCAGUCGGUUACAUUUUGCGUCUCUCCGGAGAUGAAGAAGCGAAUUCGAACAUUCGGGCGGAUCCAAGGCGCCCGCAAACUCACAGUCGCCGACAUCUUGGUGUGCGCCAUUGCCGAAACCUGGGACGACGCGCACCGGAGCCUUCCGCUGUGGGCGACACAGGGCCUCCGCCACCAACACCAGGAGGUCGUCUGGAAGCGGGUGGAUGCAUGUGGCGUGCUUUCCAACAAGGACGUCGGCAAGUAUCUAGAAGAGGAGGCACAGUCGCUCGAGCAGAGGUACCGCCCUGUCUUGGGUACCGGCGAGACCAGCAAUGCUCAGAGCCUGACAGCCAGGCUGAACGCCGCGCAGGGUCUGAAGUCGCGGCAGGACCAAGUUGCGCUGAUUCGGCAGAAAUGUGUGGAAUUUGGCCUCGCAGAGCUGGAUGCGAUGGGCAGCCUCCAGGAAGAGCAGGAGCGGGAGCUCGCGCCCGAGGUCGAGCGGGAGCGACAGGUCGAGCGUCCGCGCGCGCGAGAUCCAGCCACUCACCACCUCCACCCGGACGUCCAGAACUUUGCCAUGUCCGGGAUCCUCGCGGCCAACAGCAAAGCCUUCGUCCCAGCAUUCCAAACCCUGUCCGGCACCAGCGCGGCCAAGCUCUUCCCGCUCGCCGAAUUCCCCAGCUCCCUGCUCGCAACCGCCGACUUUGCCCGGACCAUCGAGCCCGCGCGCCACGACGCCGCAGCCCACACCGACGCGUACCAGCGGCCGGUCCAGUGGCUGCUGACGCAGCACACCCCGCUGGCCCGGCACGGCAUGCGCCUGGUACUCAUCAGCUCGUUCGAGGCCAACGCGCUCAAGCCGCUCCUCGCCACCCCGCUCCCGACCGCCACUUGCACCACCAACAGUUGCAACCACCCGCAGGUCUACCUGCGCGCCUACCUGCCCCGAUCAAACCCCUCGCUGCCCUCGCUCGAGGGCCUGACAACCUACACGAUCCCCUCCAACCCCGCACCGCCACCCCCACCGCACCAGCUGGUAACCCAACUCAACCUCUUCGCAGGCCAGCUCUACCUGGCCAGCCACGCCUCCUACCUGCGCCUGUGCUGGUACCUCGGGCUGGCGCACGCGGCGAACGAGUCCGACGACAGAGCCGUCGCGGCGGACGGGUUCGUGGGGCGGCGGCGGCGCGCCGACGGCGGAGGCGCCGGUGCUGCGGGAUACGAGGAGGAGGAGGAGGAGGAAGAGGGGUGCGAGUUUGCGACGAGCCCCGUGGGGUUCCUGGCGGUGCUGCUGCGGCGGGUGCGGCGGGACUGCGUCGGCGUGGAGAGGUCGCACCUGGGGCGGGUGCUGGCCGGGGAGGUGUUGACCAGGCGGGAUUUUGAGGGGGUUGUUGGGGCGCGGGAGGAGGAGGGGGUGGAAGAGGUGAUGGAGGAGGAUGAUGUGGAAAUGCGGGAUGUUUAA